AUGGCUCCUAGACAUACAUUUACUGUUAAAGAAAAAGUGGAUAUCAUUUCGAGACUGGAAAACGAUGAAAACAAUGUUGAUCUGUGUAAACAAUUUGGGGUUUCUCAUUCUACAAUAUCAACGAUGUGGAAAAACCGCGCUAAAAUUAUGCAGUGUUUUGAAUCAAAAUCCCUGAAAAUAAAGAAAAAUCGUAAUCCAACUCAUCAAGAUAUUGAAAAUGUACUUCUAGUGUGGUUUAAAGCACAGAGAAGCCAAAAUGUACCUAUAAGCGGUCCUCUUUUGCAAGAGAAAGCUAAUCAUUUUGCCAGACAGCUUGGGAAAACAGACUUUAAAUGUUCAGAAAGCUGGAUUUACAGAUUUAGACAACGUCAUGAUAUAGUGGUCGGUAAAGUUUGUGGAGAAGCCGCUAGUGUAUCGCAAAACGACUGUGAUAAUUGGUUGAGAACAGUUUUACCAAAAUUAACUGAAGGAUAUACCGACAGUCAAAUAUGGAACGCUGAUGAGACAGGAUUAUUUUUUAAAUUGACUCCCGAUAGAACGCUAAAAUUCAAAGGAGAAAAAUGUACAGGAGGGAAACUAUCAAAAGAUAGAAUAACGGUGCCUGUUGCUUCAAGUAUGGAAGGUGAAAAACGUAAAUUGCUGGUUAUAGGUAAGGCGAAAAAACCAAGGUGUUUCAAGAAUGUUAAAACUUUGCCAGUUGAUUACGAAGCCAACAAAAAGGCGUGGAUGACAUCAGAAAUUUUUGAAAAAGUUUUACGGAAAUGGGACUCUGAGCUAAGAAGACACAAUAAAAAAAUCAUCUUAAUUAUUGACAAUUGUCCAGCUCACCCACACAUUCAAAAAUUGACUAACAUAAAACUGGCAUUUCUACCACCAAACACUACGUCAGUUAUUCAACCUAUCGAUCAAGGUAUUAUUAAGACUCUUAAAAGCCAUUGUCGAAAGCUUCUUGUCGAGAAAAUGGUAAAUGACAAUGAAAACAGCUCAACUCCUUUUGCCGUCAAUAUUCUGGACGGCAUUGAAAUGUUAACAACAGCAUGGGCACGAGUUACUGCAGAUACAAUAAAAAAAUGUUUUUCACAUGCUGGGUUUGGUAAAUUUUCUACCAUUAAUACAAAUGAUGAAGAUUCUGAUGAUGAAAUGGAUAACUUGCCAUUGGCAAGAUUAUCAUCAGCGGAACCAACAGUUACGGAUUGGGAAACGUAUGUGAAUAUUGAUGAUCAAGUUAUCACUACUGAUAACUUGACGGAUAAUGAAAUUAUUGAUUCUGUACUUCAAACUCAAGAACAGGAGCAUGAAGAAGAGGAGCAUGAAGAAGAGGAUUGCAAUGUAAACAAGAUUCCAACAAUUAGAGAUGCAUUAUGUGCUAUUACUCGUACAACGCUCAAAAAGUACUGUUUAUUUGGAGAAGCCAGUAAUAAUUUAGAUGUAGAGGGAAUUAUGAAAAUGGAAUAUACGUUACAGCGUGCACAAAAGUCUAAACUUAAGCAGUGCACUAUAACUCGUUUUUUUAAUAAAAGCCUUGUAUAA